CACAUUCGGACAUCUUUCCGACCCCGGUGUCGAACGAAAAAGCGAACUCACCACCGAUGGCGGCGGCUGGGGUGAAAUCAAAAGAUACACUCCGCCGCCGUAGCCGCCCUUAUUAUUUUAGGGUUUGCAAAAGGAACAAAAAUUCACAAAUUAUGGAUUCCCUUCCGGAUGAACUGUUGUUCCACAUUCUUCUACAACUCCCGGCGGAAGAUAUUCCCAACGCCGCCGUGGUUUGCCGCAAGUGGUACCGCACAACUCGUGCUCGCGACUUUGUACACGCGCAUCGUUCCCACCAUUCAGUUUCCGGACUCGUAAUCCACGAGUUAACCACCGAUCGCUUGAACUGCCACCCUCCGGUUUUCGUGUCAAUGAGAAACGGCCGAUUUGAUGUAUCCAACUUCGUUCACCAAAUCAGAGGAUUCGUUUGGUGUAGUUGUAACGGUUUGAUACUCGAGUAUGAUUUUGUAUCUCCCGAACACGAUCUUCUAAUCACAAACCCUAUUACAAAUCAACGGCUUGUCGUCCCACCAUUCCCUCCCCGAAUAUCAAACCACAAUAUGUCCGGUAUAGCGUAUUCGCCAGCUUCCAUGGAGUAUAAAGUGGUCCACACUUACUACGACGAGAAAGACGUUUUCCAGUGCGCCGUUUUAACCGUUGGUGGUGUCGACGACAAGUCAUCCUGGAGGCGUAUAUGUACUAGACACUUAUCUCCUAGUUCAAAGACGCUCCUCCUGAACGACCCGAUUAUAACCCUAGGGUUUAUACAUUGGGCUCAAUAGGACACUCACACCCAUGUUCUCACUUUGAAUGUAGACACCGAAACUAUGACGAAAUAUACCCUUCCUCAAUCACCACAAGGUGGUUACGAACGCAGACCGAAGUUUUAUUUCUCAGCGGGAAAAUCUCUGUCUUUGUUCGUUCUCGCGAGUGAUUUGUAUUUGGAAGGUUGGGACAUGAAGUCGGAAUCCGGAGAGUGGACUAAACUUUACAACAUUGACUUUACCCCUCGAAAGUGUGAAUUUGAACGAUUUCACUCCGACAAGUAUUCCCAUGUGCCCUUUGCCCUCUUGCCGUUUGGUUGGAUUAAAUUUCGAGAGGUGUUGGCAUUUCACUUUUCAUAUCCAUCAAGCGUUUGCACCGCCUACAAUCUUGUUACACAAGAAUUUCAUUUCUUUGAGUUGGGUUCCGAUGCUCGUUAUCAUGAAUUUGUACCCCAUACCAUAAACUACUUAGAAUGGUUGUCGACUUGACAUGAGUUUUGUUUCGAUUUCAAUAAAUACGCCUCCUGUAGUUCAAAUGAAAUCUCACUCAGACCGUUCCGAUC